GUAUGCUUGUGGUUACGUGUGUUACCUACUGUGAAACUGCAUUGGAUAGAAUAGAAUUUCUGAGUAAAAUUAACAAUGUAUAGAUUUUAGAAGCGUGAAACAUGAACGUUCUAUCUUCCAGCCGUCUCCGCAUUUUGGACCAUUGCAACAAAUGACGUUUGCAUUUAUCACUUUAGCUAAUCCAAAUUCUUCUCUCAGGUCCAUGAUAAGAAAUAAAGAAGCAAAUCGCAUGUAAUCUUAAUUCUAUCCAUUAAUCCUCAAACGCAGUUAUUUAUUUAACGAUGAAGAAUAAUGGAAGCGGAAUCUUCAUCCAUUCUUUGCAUGUGCUCGUAAACAAGGUCAAACGCGAAAAGCAGAAUGUAGCCUAAAAUCUCUAUAAUCGAAAGAAAAGUAUAUUUAUUCUGAAACCGCUAUCGAAUGUUGGUUGUUUAUAAUAAAAUACGAUUGGAUCACAUACAUGAAAAGCCUAUUCUUCUCGCCAAAACUCCCUUAUUGAUAAUGACGAGCCAUUCGAAUAGAUGGAAUUUUCGUGAGGUGUGUCCUUGGCUAUCCCCUCUCAAGAGUGUAGUUUUGAAUUCGGGCUGCGCAGUAUGAGGCACAGGGGUAAUACGAACAACCCUGGUCAAUUUCCCUGUCCAAUCCCUUGCCAAAUCCUACAAGAACGACACCUCAUAUUCCAUUCAUGACACUUUAGGUGGGGCUGACCUCUGUCGUAUUCCCUGGUAUGGGGCACUGGAGACCCCGUGUAGCUAAGGUUGGCUACUCUGUUUCGGUAUGUAACGAAGGCUUUUUUCCUUUGCGUUGAGGAUACAUACAUAAAAAAGACAUUCAAGCAAUAUAAUCCCUCUAUAAAAUAAUCAAAUAAAUCCUCGGCCUUUUCAUUUAAUUACUUGAGCAUUUCCCCCAUAUUGUAGACACGGAUCCGCUUUUUGUAUAAAAUUCUCUCCCGAAUCCAUCCAUUCUAACGAUACUUGCGAUCACUCCUGUGUGCCACAACUACACAUGGCAAAAUCCGAAUGCGCUUCAGCAACCCUUCCUAGAAAAACGUCACGCCCUCUUGGCAAGACAACAGCAAAAUUCGGCGCCCUAUUUAACCAAUGGCUUGCUCGUACAGCAAUGUUGUCCUUUGACAGGCACUUCACUGACCAAUAAUAUAUUGGAGGUAGGACAUCAGUGCAAAACCCGCCCUAGUAAUGAGCCCCUGCAUCAUUGCCUGCGAAACCCCGUGGCACCGUUGUGUGUCAGACAGUUUCGCUGGGACCCGCGAUCUAUGCCGGCGAGGAGGGGGAUGGGCACCACUGCGAAUGUUAGGACCCGAGACAGAAUCAUAGCCCUGUACUACUACCACAUAGAGCUGCAUAUACCCCUUUAUAAAUAUCGAUUGUAAAUAAUAUACAACACCAUAAUAAACGGAUUAAACCAUCCUGGAUUCAACAUAUACACUCGAUGGAAAUACGGUGCCCAAGCAGGACAGGGAAUUAAACGUUCAACCUUUACGUGGGGGAGAUUUAGAAGUUUGUUUCCUACCCCAGAAGAGGGAGCUACCAAGGGGGGCAAAGGAUACAGGAGACUCCGAGGCCGAGUUGGAGGCCUGGUUCGAUUUGAUGUUGGAAUACUCGAAGAUCUGCAGACAACACAGGAGGAUACUUAGUUCGUACUGGGUUGGAAUGUCUCACUAGGUCUCCCCAUGUCCGUGAGCCGUCGGCUGCGGCUUUGCGGCACCCCACCCCUAGAGUGGUCUGUCGUUGCAGUUCGGACCCCGUGAUCACCCUCUCCCGUCCCGUCCCGUUCCCCCCUCCCCUUCCCCCCCCCCCCCCCUCCUCCCUCCCCCCGUUCCCCUCCUCAUCACUGCAGGACGUCAUGAGCAUAGUAAUCGCGCUGGGAGUCACCACACCAGAAACGUCCUACUCAGAUAUGGCUGCUGGAUCAGACCCUGAGUCAGUGGAAGCAAGUCCUGCCGUGAACGAGAAAAACUACCCCAACCACAACUGUGGGAGUGCACACAGUCAUGGGUAUCGAGGACUGCCAUAUACUAUGCAACAGUCUUCCGUUGUGUGUUGUCAGGAUCACAACUAUGGUGCGCCCCCUCCCCCCACCCCACCCGCCUCCCCGCUCUCCCAAACCAUCAUUCCUCGCAUGGAGCUCAACCCCGCCUCCCGCUACCAUGACAAUGCCACCAAUGGCGGCCAGGAGGAGAACUCUGCCGACAGCGAAAGCUCGUCGGAGGAGGACGGGGCUGUGGCCAGCUGGUGCCACUGCAGCCUGACGCAGGACGGCUUCCUCAUCAAGUGCGAGAGCUGCAGGGGGCUGGACAGGAGGAAAGGACUGUAUGGCCAACGCAGGAAACCAGAAAAUGUAUCAGUGGGCGAGAGCAGUGCCACGGAGAGCGGCGACGAGGAGGUGUCGCCCGCCACGGUGUCCUACACGGCCACACAGCACACGCCCACCAGCAUCACGCUCACUGUCAACCGCGUCAAGCGGAACAAGUCCAAGAAGAGGAAGAAGAGCACGGAGAAGGCCCGCGGAACGCCCAAGGGCAAGAAGAUCAAGGCCUUCAGAGAGGGUUCUAGAAAGUCCAUGAGGAUGAAGAACUCCACGACGGAGGCCAGCGCGGUGGACGAGACUACAGCGGAGGGCUGGGAGAGCCGCAUCCGCCAGUGGACGGACCAGUACGAGGAGGCUACAGCCAACCAGUACAGCGCCGAUGUCCAGAUGCUGCUCCAGCUGCACCGUGCCGUUACCACCGAGGGCGUGGCGAGUGAGACUACCUCACCGGCCCAGGUCAACGCCUCGGCGGACGCCAUGGACACAAUUAACCGUACAGAGCUGGCGUGCAACAAUACGGUGCUGGGCUCUCAGAUGCAGUUACAGCUGGGGCGGGUGACGCGUGUGCAGAACCACAGGAAGGUCCUGCGGGCGGCAAGGGAUCUAGAGCCAGACACCCUGAUCAUCGAGUACCGGGGCAAGGUCAUGCUGAAACAGCAGUUUGAGGUCAACGGACACUUCUUCAAAAAGCCCUACCCCUUUGUGCUGUUCUAUUCCAAAUUCAACGAGGUGGAGAUGUGCGUGGACGCGCGGACGUUUGGGAAUGAUGCACGCUUCAUCCGGAGGUCCUGCACGCCCAACGCAGAGGUUCGGCAUAUGAUCGCCGAGGGCAUGAUCCACCUCUGUGUCUACGCUGUCACGCAGAUCCCCAGAGACGCAGAGGUCACCAUCGGCUUUGACUAUGACUUCAACAGCUGUAACUAUAAGGUGGACUGUGCCUGCCACAAGGACAACCAGCAGAACUGCCCUGUGCAGAAGCAUAACCUGAACCCGCGCGAGACCCUAGGCUGCCCCGGCACGGGGUCGCUGCCCCCAACCUCCCAGCUCCCAGGGCACACGGGGGCAGAGACGCGGCGGCGGAAGGCCCGGCGUAGAGAGAUAGAAGGGUCAGGCGGCGGCCCAGGACCGGGCGGGAUGUCGGACGACAGUAACCAGCCGCCCGAGGAGAGUGGUGAGGUCCGGGAGACGCUGCAGGGCAACGGCAGCCUGGGCAACAGCGAUGUUGAGGAGGGCCUCCUCAAGCAGGAGGAAGGAGAGGAGGGCGAGCUGGACCAGAACGGAGUCCUCAUCUCCAGUAGACAGAAGAGGACGUCUACCACAGGGGGCAUAGAUGAGCCCAAACAGGAGGGCCUGGAGUGCGAGGAGUGGAGCAGAGGGAAUCCCACGGGGAGUAACCCCACACCCCACCAAGCAGGGCUGGGGAUAAGCACCCGUCGUGCAACUUACGCCACUGAACCCUCCUCAGCAGCCGACGCAGACAAGACCCAGACGUCCGCCGCUCCCCUCCCGGCCCCCCUUGCUCCCCCCAAGCCUCCCCCGGCCCGCUCCUCCAAGCCCCGGCCUAAGAGCCGUAUCUCGCGCUACCGCUCCAGCUCGUCACAGCGCGCCCGGCGCCAGCGGCAGGCCCUGGCCCAGCAGCAGGUGGCCCUGGAGCAGGGGGCGGCGGCUGAGAUGCAGGAGAGCCCCCUGGGGGCCCCUGGUUCAGAGCUGGGCCUGGUGGACGGAGCACUGGGAGUCGGGCAGGUCUUAGACGGAGAAGGCCUGAGUGCUCUGAACAAGGGCAACCUGCCCAAGACCAAGAAGUAUCUGGUGACAGAGUGGCUGAAUGACAAGGUGCUGGACAAGGCAGCCCAGCAGGAGGUGCCCACGGUGGAGCGGCAGCUGCGCAUCACCACCGACCCCACGGUGCUGGCCACCACCCUCAACAUGCUGCCGGGCCUGACGGCCUCGCCGCUCAUCUGCACAGCGCCCAAGCACUACGUGCGCUUUGGCUCGCCCUUCAACCCCGAGCGCCGGCGCCGGCCCGUCAGCGUGGACGCAGCCUACGGCUCCUUCAAGAAGAGAUGGAUCCAACAGGCCCAGUGCGAGAGUGGGCCGUGCUCGGGAGGCCUGGAGGACGGCACCGAGUCCACCUCCUCUCACCAAAGUAACAGCAGCAGCUCCACCCCCAACCCUUUCAAAGCAGAACUGGCGGCACCCCCCAAGAAGCGGCGGUCCAUUUACGGCCCGGAGUCGGAGGCGGCUCCACCACUUCCCGGCUCAGAAGAACACAGUCUGCUACUGCGGCCCCUGUCACCCAUCACGCCCCCAUUGCCCUCAGACCACCCCCUACUCAGCCCCGCCUCCUACGCCGCCCCCGCGCUGCUGGGUCGUUAUGGCGACGAGGAGCACCGGCUGUCCAAUGGCUAUUCACCGCUGCCCUCGCUGCCCACCAGCCGCUGCAACACGCCGCUGCAGUUUGAGAACAUAUCGUCUCCAGAGGCCUCUCCUGUGCACAGGCCGGAGUCCAUCUCUCCAGAGCCGUGCCUGCGGCCAGACUUUGACGCCCAGUGCUGCGCCCUGCAGUUUCCAGACCUCUCCCUGUCCUCGGGCCUGGAGAGCCCCGUGCCCGCCAUGUCGGAUGACUUCACUCUCCUCUCGGCAACGGGGCCUCCUCCCGACACACAGGGGCCGCUCACCCCCUUGGCACCGGGUACCCCGUCCGAGUCGGCCCAGCAGGCCAGAGAGCAGAGCUUCAGGACGGAGUUCAACCUCAUCUACACCUGCUCCCCGCUCAACGCCAACCUGGGAAACCUCGCCCCCGCUGCCCCCACCGACAGGCGCAUCAGCCAAUCAGAGGGAAGCUAUUCCCCGGCCGAGUCCUUCUACAGCACCGUGAGUGGCCAGGGGAUCCUGGCGGAGGCGGGGUCUGACUCGCUGUCGCCCUACGGCGAGCCGCACUAUGGCGGCAGCUACCCGGAUGGCGGCACGCCACCCCACCACACCAGCAACCCACCACAGAAGAAGAAGGUGUCUCUGCUGGAGUACCGUAAGAGGAAGCAGGGGAGCAGCAGGGACCCUGAGCACGGGGGCAGCUCCCUGGGCACCCCCACCCGCCUCGGCUCCAUCUGUGCCAGCGCCGAGUCCCCCAGAGGCCCCCAUUCCCUCCACUUGCAGCCCUCGUCCUCCCCCCACAGCUCCUUCUCCUCCCCCCCCCAGAUGGAGGAGGUGAGCCCCCCAGAUAACCACCACCACACCACCACCUCCCACGCCCUGGGACCACCACAGCAACAGCAGCCCAGGGAUCAGGAAGGCACCAGCCACUGGAUGGUGCCCACGACAGUAGAGCGGCUGAGGGAGGGCCAGGGCGUCUUAGAGCGGGUACUGAGGGGCUCCCUCAAGAUGGACCGCAUGCUGAAGAGGACGGAUGGCUCGGCUGCUGACAAGGACCCUGAUGCAGACCGGUAUGAGAUCCAGACAGUUCCCCUGGCCUCUCCCAUGAAGAGCCCACAGAGAUACAGCCCGUCUGUCUACACUCACCAGGUGCAGCCCCCCUUAUCGGAGAGCCAACAUCAGACAGUGGACAGUCCGACCUUCCUUCAGCAGAGCGCGUCCUCUCCAUUCCAUGGCUCCUACAGCCCCUCGGCCCCCCUUCCCUCAGUUCAGGGCUUCUACCCUCGUCUGUCUCAAGACCACUCGCAGCAUCAUCCACAACAGCCCCUCAACUCCCCAUCCUCCUUCCCCAACCAGACCACCUCCUCUGCAGACUCAGCCCUAUGUGGGGCUUCCAGACCACCAGGAGGCGCUCUGCACCAGUCGAGCGGCAGCAGCAGUAUGGACGGGUCCCACACGUACAGCGCCGGGAGUCAGCUAAAAGCCAGCCUCUUGAACAGCGGGUUGUCAGGGUCUCCUACCCCUGGCUCCAGGGCUCACGGCAACCCUAAAACAGACUUGGGCGCCAGUGUGGCGGGGAACCACACCUCCAGACUGAGCCAGCAGCUGGCGUCCCGGGGCCUGAAACCAGGCAGCCCCGGGCAGACGGUGCUGCAGGCCGGCUCCAGGCUCCUGGCGGCCACCGCCGGCCAACACUACCCGCAACGCGGGGCACCACUCAGUCCGUUCCAGCACCCCCCCAUACAGGGGCCGGGAGUAAGGACACAGUCAGGAAGCUUUUAGGAUGUUGUGUUUGUGUGUGUGUUUUUGUGUGAGAGUGAGUGAAAUGGUGUACCUCCUCUCCUAAACCCUCUGGAGAAACUAGGCUUGGGGAUAUGUACAGACCUCCGAGGAGCCACGACUGCUUCUUGUAUGCUUCUUGUAUUUCUCCUUAUUUUCUGUCUUUCUUUUUGCAGAAAACAAUUUACUGUGUUCUGCGUCUAGCUAAUCGAGGAACUUCAACACCCUCAAGGAAUCAAUGGAAAAAGAGGAAGAAAAUACAUGUUCAACAAAAAAGAGAAAUCAUUUGUAAUUUGAAAUUACCCUAACAUGAACAGACUGUGUAAAACAGGCUAAGUAGAUGGUGAAACUCAACCAUGAGUAUCUGUACAAAGUGUUUUUUUGUUUUUGAAGAAAUGUACCUGUUGUUUUGGUACCUGGUUUGAUAAUGCUGAGAUGGCAGCAGAGAUUUUGUUGAGGUAACUUUCUGUUUUUUGGCCAGCAGCAGGGUCAGUCCUGCAGUAUACACGUGUUUAGUUUGGAAAGGGUAAACGAUACCAGCAAGAGCGUGUGUGUGCAUCAUCCGUUAGAAAGAUGCAGAGAGGGUGGCAGUCAUGAGCUCCCUAAAAACCAUUCCAUAUGAUUUCUAACUUUUUGUGUAAAAUGUUUUUCUGAAAACUCUUGAUCUGUAUUUCACUGUUUGAUUUUCUUCCCCACGUUGACUGUUUUCAUUUGCUAUAUUACUACUUCACAGUAGAUUUGCUUUGUUGUACUUGAGUCAAACAGAUCUUGUAAUUCAUGGUGCUGCAGUUGUUUUCGUUUUAAGUUAUUUACAGUUAAAUCCAGUUAUGUUUCCCACAAAUCGGUUGAUUCAACUCGCCAUCUGUAAUUUGGAAUCAAACUUUUGCCAGAAAUGCAUCCUAGUAAUCGUUAAAACCUUUUUGUGCUGGAAUGCAGCGACAGAGUGAGAAGUAAUUAGAAUAUAUAUAUAUAAUUUUUUUUACUCCGUUGUUGGGUUUGUCGUCUCGUUUGAAUCCUGUCGGAUUAUUUUUAUCAAAAUGUAUUGAGAAUAUAUUUUUUCUCUCCUUCUGACCAUUCCUUGCAUUCCGUAUGCCACCUAAGAAAACAGGAGGAUGGUUUGAACGGUAUAAAAAAAAGCUGCUGUGUUCUCCUUAUUUGUUGCUGCUUCAAGAAGUCUCACUUUCCACAGAAUGCUGUAACCCUGUUUUAUUAGGGUUCUUACCAACUGAAUACUAAACAAAAAUAUGAAAAUCACAACGCAAAAUUAGUCAUGUGCCAUGACCACAGCAUUGGGACUUUUAAUCAACGUUAAAUGACAUUGCUGAUGCAGGCUGGGAGUUGUAUUACCCUAGUGACAGGAAGAUGGAAAUCGUUCGAACUGGACGUUCUAAUUUGGUUGGGAGUAAAUGUCUUUGGGGCCCCAGGAACCACACUGGGGCUUCGGACAGAGGGACUGGCCAGCUUGACCAGACACUUGACCUUUCUUUUUAUUGCCUCAUCCACAGACGUAAGGUACUCACUUGUUACAUGAAUGUUUGACAGAAGACUUCUGAGAAAUGUCACCCAAAAUUACCAGCACCUUAAGUAAAGAAAUAACCCCUAAAAUGAAACAAAAAUGACAAUGUAUGAACAUGUGUACUUGUAUAAAAUGUGUUAAACUGUAAAAAGAGAAAUCUAGUACACUAAAUUUGCCGCAUGAUAUUUCUUUUCUGGGACUGACCGAUGGUCGGAUUGGGAUGAUUAGGUCUGUUGACAGUCUUUCUUUUUACUCUUCACUUUCGACUCCCAGAGAAACUGGACACUGCAUUUUUGAGGGGGGGGGAAUGACGUUUAACUCGUUUUUGUUUUAUUUUUUACACAACAUAGUGGUGACUAUGUGGAUUCCCCCAUCCAAAAGAUAAAAAAGCAGAAGAGAUGUAAUGCAUUUUCAUAAUAAAAUACUGAUGAUAAUGUA